CGGCAGCACGAAAUCCGAUUUUUUAUUUACACACUCUUGUGCCUUGCGCGUAAACAAAGUAACCAGUGACUUUUAUCGUUCCGCAAUCUUUUUUCCCAUCAGCAAAAGUGUCAAAGUGCUCUCGAACGAAACUCGCGACUCGCGAUGGAUAGUGGACCGGAAAAUUCCACGCUGCAGGACAAUGUGGUCGCUGCUGCCAACGUUGUCCUCAGAGACAAUCCGCAGCAAACCAGACCGGAGUGCGUCGAUACGAGCUGCCGAAACCGAGAGGGUGGCGAUUGUGCAAAAUGUGGCGAACCCGGGCAGCUAAAUAUUUGUCUUCUGGAGGAACUGAAUGCCCAGUUUGAGGAUCGUUUGCGAUUUAUCGAGCAGAAUGGAAAUGAUGACAAAUUCAAGGUUGAAAUAUAUGAACGCUGGAUCCAUCAACUGAGGCUGGUCAAUCUGGACCUUUUGACAACGAUAAAAGAGAUGGAGAAAACUUGUCGGGACAGAGUUGUUAUAAUGAAAGAAAACUAUAAGAAAAAUCUGGCUCGUUACGGUUCAGAGGCACAGGCACGUGCAAAGAGGGAUCGGGACAGUUUGCUUGAAGUUAUUAGAAGAGCUUACACGACUGGCAGCUGGAAUAUAGAAGGAAUUAGAUUUUACGAUGUAGAUAUAGAGGAAAUAUUUGGCAAAAAGGGUGACAUCACUGUGGACUCUCAACAUGAAAACAGAAUGGAUGGACCUACUAUUUCACUCAAUCUAGCAGUGUCGUCUAACUGUCAAUACGAGAAUUCCGAAAUUGACGAGCUAAGGCAAACAUUAGAUGCCAGGAAUAAGCAAAUUGAGCAUCUAGAGCUUCUACUGGAUAUGAAAUAUCCCGAGAAAAAUUUUUCUUUUGAAAGGGAGAAUGCGGAUGACCUUGAAUCUCAACAUUUUAAUACAGAGUAUAGUACUAGUAAUAAAAUACUGCUACAUCAACUACGACAAAUGAACUGCGAAAAAAGUAAAGAGUUGGACGAACAGUCAAUGCAAAUUGAGAAGAUGCACAAGCAAAUACGUGCUCUGGAGAGUAAAUUGGAAGAAGGAGAGUCGUCGGUGCAGCUGGAUUCCGAUAUGAGCGCCUCGCUGGCAGAUUUGAAACUGGACGAAUCCGAUGCAUCCAAUAGGAAGCUACUGCAGCAACUGCAGAAUCUGAUCCGUUUCAAGUCCGGACAGCUGGAAGCCUCGCUUAAGGAUAACGAAGUUCUCCGGGAGCAAAUCGAAUAUUUUAAGUCUCAACUAGAUUCACAGUCAAAUGUCGAUAAGCAAUCCCUGGUCAAUGAGAUUAAAGAUCAUUACGAUAGAAACCGUCAGCUCGAGAAGAAGCUCCGCGAGUAUGAACAAUCGUUGCUGGAAUCGAAUGCCGCCGUGGAUCAUCGCAACAACGUGAUUAAUCAAUUGCGGCAGGAUAUCAGUAGUUUAAAAAAGAGUACAUUCAUCAACAUUCGAGAAUUGGGAACGAGCACCGACACCGCAUCGGUUACGUCGUUCGGUAGUGCAAAGUCCGGUUCAUCAGUAGACACAGUGAUAAUGCGAGCCAUUUCACCGACAAGGGACGUCCGCGAAUUGGAAACGGAGCAGGUGCUAAAUUUCUCGAAAGAAUUUACCGUAAUGAGCGAACAAGUACGCCAGUUGGAAGCUACCAAACAGGCCCAGGAUGACAUAAUCGCAGACCAGUGGAACAAGUUGAACUCCACCGAGAGCGAGUAUAGGAUUCUGCGUGACGAAUACGAGAACAGCGAAAAGAAACUGCAUUUAAUUCGUUCAGAAAUCGCAAAACUGAUCAAAACGAUCAGGGAAAGCUUUCAGGGACAUUUUCCUUUACCGCAGACCAUUCCACCAAUAGAGGAACUAGUUUCUCGAUCAUUCGUACAAGUCGACGUAGCAGAUCUUUCAUCCGAAAUGUUCGAAAACGACAAACAAAUUCUAGGGGUUUUGCAAUCGCAUUUAAAUAGUGUUACGAGAAACAGUCUGCUAGUAAUAGCAGACCAGAGAGAAUUACGGAAACAUAUUGCUGCUUUGCAACAAGUGAACCGAACUAACGGAGAGCUAUUAGAGAAUUUGAAAAAUGAUCGCCUCGCGGCGGAGAGAGAAACUGAAUCGAAGGAAACAUCAAUCGACUCUGACAUCAUGACUGAAUCGUCUACCGAAACACUCGCCGCGCAACGCUUGCAAGUGCAGAACGUCUUACAGGGCAUGGCUAAGGAAAUCGCAUAUCUGAUAGGAAAGGAUUUGUCAAACGAUUCCCUGACCUCGUUUGCCGAACUGGAUGCAACUCCACUUCACUGUUUAAUCGACGAUUUGAAGCAGGAAAUCGACGCGAAAGAUUCGCUACUGCAGAGCAAAUCUGACAUCAUCGCACAGUUGGAGCAGCGACUUUGCACCAGGGAGAAAGAAUUACACCGGUUGAAGUUGCGCCAAGAGUCCGUGGAGCAGGACCGGUUGAGCUAUGAAAAGAGGAUCGGAAAUUUGCAGCGAGCGCUUCAAGAUCAUGACGAAACUAUUGAGAAGCUUAAGCAGCAGAAUCGCUCACUGAAACAACAACUGGAGGAUAUGAAGGAAACGCUGCAAACAUACAAAGAAAAUAUCCGACAGGCGAUCGAGGAAAAAGCCAGCGUGGAAGACGAGUGCAAAAAUCAACUUCUGACCAUCUCCAAUCUGCGCACUGCUAUCGAGGAAACGAAGCGCAGCGGGAGUUCCUCCGUGAACCAUCUACGAGCAGUUAUUGAAUCCUUGCAGUCGGAAGUAUCCACCCUCAGUGAACAGUUGAAUCAAGCAUUUCGGGAAAACCUCACCAAGGACAACGAGCUUGAUCAGCAUCGUGACUCGAACCUUCAGCUGCGUUGCCAAAUUUCGGAGCUAACUCGUGAUUCCAUCGAGCUUAAGGACAUCGUUGCACUGGUCGGUGCUAAGCGUGAGCUGGAAGAACAGAAGCAGCGACAUCUGGUGCAGAUCAGAAAUGAAAUGAGUAACAUGCAGGCCCAGAUUGCCAACUUCCAGAAGGAGAUCGCAUGCAGGCAGCGUGAUCAGGACUAUUUGCGCUUCUUCAGGCAAAAGUGCGCGGAAACGACAUUCAAUUACCACAUACAGGAAAUGGAACACCAGCAAGAAUUGCACCGGAUGCGGGACGAAAUCGAAUCGCUGAGCAUUCAACUGGCAAGUUGCGAAGAUACGAACAUUCAGCAUGAGCAACUUUUGAGUCAAUCAAAUGCUCUACAGAACACAAUUUCGGAGCUGGAAAAUCAUAACGAAAUUCUACGGAAGGCUAUCCAAUCGUACGAGGGUAAUAAUGAGCAGUUGCAACAGGAACUCAGCACGUUCCAGUUUCAGUACGACAACUUAAAUCAGGAGCUGGAAAAUCUAAAAUCAGCAUGUAGUGAAAAAGAUAAUAAAAUUAUAAGUUUGAAUGCUGAAAGGGAAAAGCUGUUAGGUGAUCUGAAUUUCCACAGACGGAUGUGCAAGUGCGGUUUUAACACUAGCGCAAAGGAGCGAUCGAAAACUCCAGUGUCACAUUCGCUGCAGAGGCAGGUAGUUCAGAAAACGUUGGAAGCGACCAAAGCUGCCGACGCACUGAAGCAGAAAACUGUCGAGCUGAAGAAGCUGGAAAAUCAGUAUGUUGAGGAGAGAGUUCGACUGACGGAACAAACGACGGAUCUCUUUACGCAGAUUGGUAAGCUGAAAGGCAAAAAUUCAAACCUAGAACAGAGUCUUUUCCACAAAGAGGAGCUCAUAGAAAGACUACAGCAAAGUUUGCGCGAUAUUACUCAACGGUUGACCUCGAAGGCCGAAAUUGCCCAAAGCAUGGAAACGAAAAAUGCCAAUUUAUCCCAGCUGUUAGAGAAAUUCCGAGAAGAUUCCACUGUGCGGGAGAAGAAGCUGGCUGAUGAACUGAACAACAUUCGAAGGAGCUCACAGGAUCAAACAAAUCAAUUGCAACAAUGCGAAAAUCAAAUCGCAUGGCACCGGGAUGAGUUGGAAUCGCUUCGGGGGAAAUUUGAUAGUAUGUUAAAAGAGAGAGACGCACUAAAGCAAGAUAUUGUGGAAUUAAAUUGCAAACUCGCGUGUUCCGCCGGAAAAGAGAGCGCCCUUUGCGAUGUUUUGAAGCAACUACAGGAUGAGGUAUCCGACAAAACUGGACGCUUGACGGAAGUAGAAGAAAAUUAUCGGAAGAUCUAUCAAGCUUACCAGCACCUGAAGAGCUUCAACGAAGACCUCUCCAAGCAGAAUCAAGUGUCACGGAGCCACCUGGAAAACUACAAAAAACUAGUCGAAUUCAAACGCCAGACAAUCGGGACGGUUGAGCUUGCGCAAAAAUUUGCCGAAGAGUCACGCCGGCGAGAACGGGCCUACCUACAGAAAAUCGCAGAACAAAAACAAGUUAUUGUCCACCUCAGAGACGAUCGUAUCAAACUAACGGAAAAGUUGUACGACUAUCAUCGGGAUUCGUUGAUUCUAAAUCGAAAGUUGGAAGACUAUCAUCAGGCAAACAUUGGGAGAAAUAUGAAUACUUCCUUUCAUCAAACCUUUUAUCCAUCGGAGGCGUACAAGCUGAUGCGAUCGAGUAGCGAUCCGAACUGUAAAAAGAACGACGAAUUGCUCCACCGAGUAGAGACCACCAGUAAUCGAAUUCUACGGACGAGAGAAUUUUGGCACCAAGGAAUUAAGGAGAUUUUGUCACCCACACGUUUCGCCAAGUAAAGGAUAUUUUGGCAAAUGAUAGAGACCGUAAAUGCAUUUUUAGAGAAUAAUCCGGUAUGUUUUGAGAAAUUUCCGUGAAAUUUGUAUUAAAUUUUGAUACGUUAGUUAUUUUUGUUAUAUACACAUAA